UGGGAGCCAAACCUAGGUCCUCUAGAAAGUCAGCAAUGCUCUUAACUGCUGAAAAAUCUCUCUAGUCCCAAAACAUUUAAAGCAAACAUACUGGAUUCUGGGACAGGAAGGUCGCUCUCCCUCCCAGAGUCCACUUUCAACAAGUUAAACAUCACAUGGUUUAGCAAUAUAAUGUACAUUGCAGGAAAUUCUAGAGAAAAGUGCUUUUAAAAAAUUAGAUUUACUUUACGUGUAUAAGUGUUUUGCCUGCAUGUAUAUAUGUGCACCACUGACAUACCUGAUGCCCUUAGAGAUCAGAAGACGGCAUCGGAAAUCCUGGAACUGGAGCUACAGGUGGUUAUGAGCCAUCAUGAUGGGUGCUGGCAACCGCACGGAUCCUCUCUGAAAGAUCAGCAAGUGCUCUUAACUCCUGAGCCAUAUCCCUAGCUCUUGAGAAUCUCUGUUUUGUACCUCUGCACGUUUUAAGGUACCCUUCCUCCUUCAGUUUUUCUGGGGCACACAUAUACUCCAAAGGCACAUCACAGGAACCCACUUCCCCCAAAUGGGCCUCUCCUCCUAAUGUCUACUGUGUUCUAAUAAUGCUAACUCUGGAGUGCAGAGUCCCAGGCUUGCACUACUAUGCCUGGAACAUUUUUGGAGGUAAGAUCUGAUUGUGUAGCACAGGCUACCCUGGAACUCUCUAUCCUUCCGUUUCCCAAGAAAAGAACCAGAAUGGAGUAGCUCUGCUAUGGACAGCCCGUGUGACGUAGCGAUUGCCCAUUAUGCUGCUGCUGUGAGGACGUAAUAAUUUAGUAUGUGGAAUGGCAAGGGUAGCUAGUUCAUAAUGCAACUUCAAAUACAAACUCACUGUGUGUGCGUGUGACACCCGGCCCUGCUUUCUACGGACAGAAAUGGCCACACUCCAUUUCCCAAUCGCACUUUCCGUUUCAUCCCUGUGUGAUUCCAAUAUAGGUUAAGCGUGUAGUGAGCCGGGGGUGCAGAGUUUCCAGGCUUGCGGUCUCCGUCCCUCCCACAAGUCCUGGCUGGGACCAAACGCGCGGUGGAGGCGCGGCCCGUAGACAGGGGCAGGUCGCAUGCGCCGCUCCUCGCAGCCGCAGCCUUGUCUGUCUUGUGUGCACCGCCGCCAUAGUUCCAAUGCCCGCGCGCCAGUUGUGCGCAUCGCCCCUGUGCAGCGCAGGACUAGGUUCUUAGGUUCCGAUGGGAACUUGGGCAGAGAAGAGCAGUCCGGCCCCGAUGCACCGGGCAGCACGCGGCAGACAGAACACACCUUGCCCAAGGCUUCAAGCAGCAAAUCGGAGUCCUCGCAGCUCAGCCCUUCAGAGUCGUUGGACCAUAAAGUGAUUCCGAGUUACUCUGAGUUGUUCGCAGCCUCGGUAGGCAAUGUGGACUGGCUUCGGUUCUGUCUAAAUCGGGAGCACAAAGAGGUCAUAGUCGACGACAAGGGCUUCACAGCCAUCCACUUCGCAGCCCAGCAGAGAAAGCUUUCCUGCCUUCAGAUCCUGGUAGAGGAGUAUAAGUUUCCCGUGGAUCUGCCUACUAACAAGGGCCAGACGCCCCUGCACCUAGUCAUCCAUAAGAACAGGAAGUCGGACAUCCUCCCCUGCGUUGACUACUUGCUUAAGAAAGGGGCAGCCAUCAACUCUCAGACAUGCCAUGGCUUCACACCCCUGCACCUGGCUGCCCGCAAUGGCCUUCUGGGAUGUAUGAAGGUCCUGGUGCAGAAUGGAGCCAAUGUGCACACCCAAGAUGCCAUGGGUUACAAGCCUAUCGACUACUGCAAACUAUGGAACCACCGCAACUGUGCCCGGUUCUUGAAAGAUGCCAUGUGGAAACAGGACAAGAAGGAUUUUGCCCGAGAGAUGGGGAAACUGAAGACCCUGAAGGAGAAGCUGACCAUUUUGGAGUACCGCUACCUGACUGAAUAUCAAAAAGAACAACGAAUUCGGAGAGAGACUCGUUUCAGAGCAUGGCUCCAAGGCAAGGGGCUGAGCCGGCCCCAGAGCACCGCUGACUCCAAGCAAAAGUCACUGACCCUCUCCAAGACUCUGAGACCCCAGGCUGCCAAGAGCUUCCUGACCUAUCCUUCUGUAGAGGCUCGACUGCAGAGCCUGCCCACACCCGAGGUGCCACCCAAGCCCAUCUACAGGCAGACUACCACCAUCAGUCGCCCCAAGUUGUGGAAUUUUAGCAAUAAUCCCGCCAGGUCCCCGACCACAAAAAUUGGCUGCCCUCAAGGUAUACGCCUGGGUGUGCACCCAGACCCCUAUAAGGAGCAUGACUUCUGCAGAUUCCUGGAGGUGACUCCCAAUUCCCUCGGAGGAGCAUGCCUGCGCACAGUGGACAAUCACUUGGUGACACCUGUACCCCAGCUGCCGUUUGAGUUGAUGGUCCGGGCGCUGUACCCAGGGGCUACACCCUACAGGAUCAAAGUGCCCCAGGGCUUGUAUCCACUUGACAUCCUCAAAGUGCCCCAGAAACGGCAUUUGGGAGAUACCUCUACCAACACGCUGGCUAUGAGCCUGCGUGAUACAUUUGAUGAACCUUUCCUGGCUACCCUGGAAGCUAGCCGGACAGGAGUGGCCCCACUCUCCAAGGGAGUUCUCACAUAAAGUUGUUCUGGAAACCUCCUGGUGAAGGUGAAGUGUUAAGAUUCAUAUUGUGGGGGGCUGGAGAGAUGGCUUAGAGGUUAAGAGC